AUGUUGUGUGGAAUGUUCCCCUCAACUAUUCCAUUAUUAUUUUUGGGGGUGUUUCUCACCUAUGCUCAUUCUUCCUACCCUGGUCCUUUGCCUCUCGGACCUCUGAUCACUAGACUUGUGGUUCGUCUUGGUGUCUCUGUUACCUCGUUUCGCACCGAGAAUCCCACUUUCCUCAUGUUGACAGAUCAAGUCCUUGAUGAAUGUGAGAUUGAAAUUGGGGGGGGGGGGGGGGUGCAGAUGAUGAAGACAGUGAUGACAGCACAAGUGAUGACAGUCAGCACAAAUGAUAAUGAUAAUGAUGCUCCCCUGCUUGCUGCAACAGUUGCUGGUUUGCUAGUGGAUUACGGCUCUGAUGAGGACUCCAAUGAAGUCUAG